AGCGACCAAGGCGGUCAGUCCGUUGGUUCGCCUCAGUACAACUUGUCGGGCUUUGAGGUGCGGUUUCGAGCGCGUUCCGUGAUUUGCAGUAGAUCCGUUCCGAUCCGUUCCACUAAAAUCAUUCGAUCCUGAGCCUAACUGCCCAAAAUGCUGUGCAACAGCUUCCACCUGGCCCAGAGCCUGCGCAACGGCUUCUCCAGAAACGCCUGGCGAGCGGCCAGCUCCCACGGACCCCGACAGCCACUGGUGUCGCCGGAGCGGCGUUUGGAAAAGGCGCAUCCCACCUUCACGGAGCGCAGCCAACUGAAGUACGCCCGGAGGUUGGUGGUCAAGCUGGGCAGUGCAGUCAUUACCCGCGAGGACAACCAUGGACUAGCACUCGGGCGACUGGCCUCGAUCGUGGAACAGGUUGCCGAGUGCCACUUGGAGGGUCGUGAGGUGAUGAUGGUCACCAGUGGAGCAGUGGCCUUCGGGAAACAGAAGCUCGCCCAGGAGCUGCUCAUGUCGCUGUCGAUGCGUGAGACCCUCAACCCAAAGGACAGCAAAGAGUUCGAUGGCGCCACACUGGAACCGCGAGCUGCGGCUGCGGUGGGUCAGUCCGGUCUGAUGUCCCUGUACGACGCAAUGUUUGCCCAGUACGGCGUCAAGAUAGCUCAGGUGCUGGUGACCAAGCCGGAUUUCUACAACGAGGAGACACGCAACAAUCUCUUCUGCACGCUCUCCGAAUUAAUUAGCCUUAAUAUUGUGCCAAUCAUAAAUACCAACGAUGCCGUCUCCCCGCCGAUGUUCAUACGUGACGACGAGCCAGCCGGCGGAGCAAGGAGGGGCAUUCCCAUUAAGGACAACGACAGCUUGUCUGCCAUGCUGGCCGCCGAGGUGCAGGCGGACCUGCUAAUCCUCAUGUCGGACGUCGAUGGCAUCUACAACAAGCCGCCGUGGGAGGACGGGGCUAAGCUGAUGCACACCUACACCAGCGACGACACCAACACCAUCGAGUUUGGCAAGAAGUCAAAGGUGGGCACUGGCGGCAUGGACUCCAAGGUGAAGGCGGCCACCUGGGCCCUGGAUCGCGGCGUCAGCGUGGUCAUCUGCAACGGCAUGCAGGAGAAGGCCAUCAAGACCAUAAUUGGCGGCCGGAAGGUGGGCACUUUCUUCACGGAGGCCACCGAGAGCGCCAACACGGUGCCCGUCGAGGUGAUGGCCGAGAAUGCGCGCACCGGGAGUCGCCAGAUGCAGGCCCUGACCGCCGCCCAGAGGGCCAGUGCCGUCAACACCCUGGCCGAUUUGCUGGUGAGCCGCGAGAAGUUCGUCCUGGACGCGAACGCCAAGGACCUGGCCGAGGCCCAGAAGAACGGGCUGGCCAAGCCGCUGCUGUCGCGCCUCUCGCUCAACUCGGCCAAGCUGAAGAACUUGUCCGUGGGCCUCAAGCAAAUCGCCGAGGACAGUCACAAGGUUCGGGCAAAUUGCAUUUGCUGCAGUGUCGAAAAGUCAGCCCCAAAUCGAGUUAGUCUCCUGGCCGGGAUUUGUCUGCCCGGCAAAAUGGCCAUUUCAUGAGCUCCGACAAAGGCGCACUCGGAGAGCCAUGUGCAGUUUGCCGUGCUUUAACAGCAUUAUGAAAUCUGGAAGCAAUUUUACACUUCAACAAAAAUUGACACCCCAGCUGCGGGGCACUCGGUGCUCGAUCGAAUGGUGACCCAACAGUCUGCCCAGGGAGCAGUCAUCAUCGGAGCAGCCCGAUGUGCCCGAUAUGCCCGGAAGUUGCCAGGAUGGGGUGGCAGCUAAGCAAGUGGAAGAUAAAAGACAGCUUCUUGUAUGCGUUCUCGUUUGGUGUCUUGCCGGUGACAUUAGCCCGCAUCCUAUCCCUGUCCUGACCCUUGACCCUGCCCCUAUCCCCUUUUAGAGCCAGACAGAGUUGAUCGAAUAUCGCAGGGAUGGGGGCCACAGUUGCCCUCCCAAGCCAACCGUUUUAUUGGAUGUGAUUGUGCGGAAACGCAGAAAGUUUCCCUCAUGUUUUUUCUGGGAAAAACUUUUUCCAUCGAGGACGGGAACAUGAGUUUAUUGUAAAAAUGGCAAGCGAAAUUGUGACACAAAAUGGCGGCAGCGUGAAAAAUCAUAAAAAGGAGAGCUGUCUGGGAAUACAGAAAAACCAUAACGCACUCAAUAAAUGUCGCUCCAGUGGCGAAAGUGUUUCUCUUCUUUUUUUUGUGCCACUUUUUCUGUUUUAUUUUGUCGUGCGACAAACAAAUGCCACACACAUUGUUUGGCCUCUGGGCCCAGAAGCGUUACAAAGUUUAAUAGGCAGUGCUUCAGUUUUCAAUUACCCGGGCUACUUACACUUCACAUAAACUUAUAUUGCGAAAUAAAUACUGAAUAACUUAGUAGCCCAACAGUAUUAGGUGAAGAUAUUUGCGAAAAUGAAAUACUGGCAGGAAUACACUUUCUCACACGGAUUUUUAAUUUCCGGCGCAUACUUUAUGACCCCCAAUAACCUUGUCCAACUUUACUCUGCAUCCUUCCAAGGCGCCACUACAUCGUCUUCGACUUAUCCAAUUGUCCUUUGCAAAUAUAAUUUAAAGUUUGACGUCCUACAAUACGCCAGAGUCAAUAAUAAUGACCAUAUAACCAAAUUUACCCAGCGCCCAAGUCGAGUUAAGUGGUUGGACACGAAGUAAAGGAGGACUCCUUCUGCGUCGAAGCGCCACUCUAUGCAAACAAGGCCAGUCAAGUCCAGGCCAGUCCGCAAUCUCUUUAUGUUAUCUGCAGCCAAUUUUCCAGAGAUUUCUCACUACAGCGCAAGGACGAAGGACUCGCCGCGAGGGGCGGGGUCGGAGGCGGGGGCAUUGGACAGCAGGCCAUUAAAAAUAAAUAAAGAUUACGACGCGCCGAGCGACUUGAUUUAUGUAACGCCUCAAAAUGGACGCCUGGGAAUCGAUGUGCGGGGCGAGUGUAUGUGUAUGGCUCUCCUUGCGACUAAAACUGUCGCAUAAAUAUCGAGUUAUUUUUAUGGCCCGGUCCCACAUGGCGUAUGCGUUAUGCGAUUUACGCUGACUUGUGAAUUGGCUCUCACUACCCCGAUUCACAU